AUGGAAAACAUGAGAGAAACUUCAUCGAUUGCUUUCUUGACGCCCAAGGAUCAACCCCAAACCCCCAACGCGUUGGUUGGGCAGUCCAAAAAGGAGUUAUCAGCAAAACCCACAAAAACGAGCCGUGGUCGUCAGAAGAUAGAGAUCAAAGAGAUCGAUGUAGUCAGCAAGAGACAUGUGACGUUCUCGAAACGACGCCGCGGCCUGUUCAAGAAAGCCGCUGAAUUGAGCGUUCUCACCGGCGCAAAAAUCGCGGUCAUAACGUUCUCCCAAUGCGGUAGGAUCUACAGCUUUGGCCACGUGGACACAUUGAUCGACAAGUAUGUGCGUAAGAUGCCGGUGAAUUUGGAGUCAUAUCGCGGUGAUGACGAGACGGAGGAGCAAGGAGACCCGUGGUGGGUGCGCCCGGUGGAGAGUGUGCCGGAGGAGGAUUUGGAAGAGUACGUGGCAUCGUUGAGCAAGUUGAGAGAAAAUUUAGGUCAGAGGAUCAUUGAGAUGAGCAAUAUGGAUCGGACGGUUGAGGUUGUUCCGUCAUGGCCACUCAACAUGAUGGGUUGGAAACCGACGAUGGAUAUGCAAAGCAUGGAAAAUAUGACGGAUGGUACUUCCCGGAUCCGUAUUGGUCAAAACGGGUGA